CCAGUACUUCCUCGCAGCGGAACGAGCCCCGCAAACCCUAACCCCCUCUCCUUCGUUCGGCCAUCCCCGUGACGGCUCCUUGCCUCGCCUCUCCCUGCCGCCUCGCCUCCAGACGCCAGCGCGCCUCCCGCCUCCGCCGCGCCUGACGAGCUCGGUGUACAGGACUGCGCAGGGGAGUAGGUAGAGACGAGGAGGGUCCGGCGAGAUGGGGAUGCGAGAUAAGAAGCGGAACCAGAAGCGGGUGCUGGCGCGCCGUACCGCGGCACCGCGCGCCGGCGAGGGCAAGGACUUCCUGCCGUUGGAAGGAGGCCCUGGGAAGAAGCUGCGGAAGGUGCAGGAGCCUGAAGAGCCUGAGAACACCGCCACAGUCGUCUACAUAGGGCAUAUCCCCCAUGGCUUCUACGAGGACGAGAUGCAAGGGUUCUUUAAGCAGUUUGGGGAUAUAAAGAGGCUUAGGAUUGCCCGGAACCGCAAGACAGGAAAGUCCAAGCAUUAUGGAUUCAUUGAGUUUGAGAGCCCUGUUGUGGCAAAGAUUGUAGCUGAUGAGAUGAAUAACUAUCUCUUGUUUGAGCACACCUUGCAAGUUUCACUUGUUCCGACGGAGAAAGUUCAUCCUAAAUUAUGGAAAGGGGUGCGACGGGGAUUUAUACCUAUUGAUCGAGUUGCAAUUGAACGGAAGAGACACAAUAAGGAUAAGACCGUAGAAGAGCACAAAAAGAUGGUUGAAGGAAUUGUAAAGCGGGAUGAAAAGCGUCGCAAAAGAAUCAAGGCAGCUGGUAUUGACUACGAGUGUCCAGCUCUUAUAGGGAGCAUUCAACCAUCAGCCAAAAAGAUCAAGUUCGAUGAGGUCUAAUAUUUUACUCUUAGUUGCUUGGAUCCUUGGUAAUCGAGGUGAUGAAUGGUUGAGCAAUAUAUUUAGCUUUUGAGGGGACGGCAGACAACCUAUGUACUUCAGUUUUUUCCCCCUCUAAAUCAGUGUUUUAUGAAUGACACCGACACAUACAAGUAUGAAAAUGCAAUGAGCAAUGUGUUCUUAAUUUGCCCUUGGAAGGUUCCAUAA